AUGGACCAUUUAGAAUAUUUGUUAAAAUUUGCUAACGAAAUUGGGGUCGUGAUCCCACAAAACGUUGAGUUUAGAGACACUAAAGAAAAAGGAAUCUGCUGCAUUGCAACAACUGACAUUGAUGGAGCACUUUUCAAGCUACCGAGAGAAUUCAUAAUAACUAAAGAUCUCUCAAAUACCCAUUUCAAAGAUUUUAUUGGCUCUUCAAAACAUCAUAAUACGUGGUUUAAACUCUUUUUGAGCAAAUUGAAGUUUUCCGAUGAAGCGAUUGUUAUUGAUGGUGUAGAUGUAACUCAGAGGUUUAGGCCUUAUAUUAAUGCAUUGCCUAAGCAAGUUGAUUCUCCACUCAUUUGGAAUCCAUCGGAACUUUUGCUAUUGAACGGGACGAAUAUCUAUAGAUCUUUGAACGAAAAACUUCAAUCGAUUUACGACGAAUGGUGGAACGUCAUCAAGGAUUCUGGGUUCAAAACGGAGACAUAUGAUAUCAGCCAAUUGAGCAUAGAUGAGAUAUAUAGAGAGAUAACGAGUAAAGUCUCUUCUGAUGUACAAUUAAAUUUUGAUUCAUUCCCUGCCUUCUUGUGGGCGCAUCUUAUUUGUACUUCGAGAGCUUUCCCAGAGAGAGUUAUCAACCCAUCUUGCGAGGAGCAUAAUAUUAUUUUAUUGCCAGUCUUGGACUUGUUGAAUCACGAAAACAGGUCUAAGAUACAAUGGUCGUAUUCAGCAGAAAAAGAGUUUGUUUUUGAAAAGCUCGACGUUGUAAAGAAAGGCAAUGAAAUAUGCAACAAUUACGGCGCUAAGGGAAAUGAGGAACUACUUUGGGGAUAUGGAUUCGUUAUAGAACAAAAUCAGUUUGAUAAUUUAGCUUUAAAGUUAAAGCUACCUAUACCAGUCGUCGAAAGGUUGUUACACGAGCAAGAAAUCCGUCUACCAACUUUUAAAGACUAUACUACGUAUGCCUUUGAUGUGUCAAACAAAGCACAAAUACCAACCGAAGAAAACCAACUAUCCAAUGCCUCUGACUACGAAGAUGGGAUCUUGUACUUUAUAAACAGCGAAAUUGUAAGCUUGAAACCCCUCAUUGAACUUUUCGCCCAACUCAAUAAAAAUGCACAGGAGGAUCCUAAAACAUUAAGAUGCCAGCUCACUUCCCUUCAAUCAUUGAAAAAUGCCCUUCAACAUAAGUUGCUUUUAAUCACGAAUCCACAGGCAGAAACAACAAGAGACCUAGAGAAUCAUCACGAAGUUAAUUCGUACCGCCGUUAUUGUGCUGAAGUGUACAAAACAAGUCAGAUAGAUAUCUUGAGACAGUCCAUAAAUAAUGUGAAAAGACUACAGAAACAAAUUUUGAGCGAGUAUAAACCAUCCGUGGCAAGCAUAAAGAAUAUAAUAAAACGCGACAAGACGUUCUAUGAUGAUCUUGCGCAGUUGUAUGGGAACAAAGAACCCAUUGCACUUACCGAUGAGUUCGAUCUAUCAAUUGCGUGGCUAAUGGUCAGAAAUUACAUACCCUUCUCUUCUGAAGAGCCAAAGAAGUACGAGUGGGUCAUACAAAUGUUCAAGAACUACAUGGAAACUCAUAAUUCCUCCUGUGAACUCACAGAGGCAGGCACAACUCUACAUAGUUCAUUCUUCCCAUCAGGAAAUGACGAUGUCUCACCCAAAGUAUUGGAACAUAUCUCGAAUUUUGUUAACUAUGAAACCUUCCUAAUGGAAUCUGGUGAUGAUGCGGUGCCAGUUUUCACUCAGCCGGCUACACUCGAGUAUGAUUGA